GGCAUGGUCGUCGCAGUCACGAAGUGAUAGUUUCUGAUAGCGCAUGGCCCGCCAGAAGAUACGUGUACCUCGCUACUGUAGAACUACGCAGCAGUUGCUGUCACAAGUCUAGUACAGACUGUCAGUGUAACUGUUAGCUCCAUCACUGCAUCAGGAAGUAGUAAAAUUACCUCCAUGCUGCGUGGUAGCGCGAUGGAGGGUUGUGAGCAUUUGCAGUUACUAGUAUUACUAUCCGUGCUCCUAGCGGCGGCUGCUGGGAGCUUCUUGUCGCGGUACUGGGCUCCUUGCAUCGCGCCAAACCGGACACGCUCUUGACAGGCUGGACUGCAGUGAUUUCAGCCAAGGCGAGCAGUUCGGUAAGAAGCUAAUCUACAUGCAUGACUUUGUACACAUGACCCCAACUUGGGGCCAAGGAACUCGCUAGGCAAAUAUGAACGUCGUCUCGCCAGUACAGCAGGGUGCAGUACUGAUACUGGUGCAGCUAGUAUAGACGGGAAUUGGAAAUCCGAUACCGCCUGCUCUACCCUUUGGCCUUUAGGCAUGAUCACUCCCAGCAGCUACAGAUCCAGUGUAGAUGAUAGCAAGGCAAGUGUCACUGCAUUAUCACAGUCUGGAUCAGGUUUCAAAGGAGUGUGUUGAUUCAGUUUCCCAAGACAACAACUAAGGACAGCUAGAUUGCGUCAAAUUACUGAUGCACGCAGGGGCGCAUACGGUUUUGUGAAUUGUACCGAGGCAUAAGCAGCUUGCCCUUAGAGUGGUCACUAGCUUAGUGGCUAACACAUUGGUCUUCGUGGCCACUGGUCUAAUUGACACAGAGCCAACAACCGGUCCGGACCCACUGGCCACCGACCGCCACGUUGGCAAACCUCCCGUCCCGUGGCAGGAAAAGCUUAGGAAGUGAUGUGGUCUCGGAAGGGUGGCGUCAGCUUUGUCACGCUGAUGAUACUCGUUGUGAAUGCAAUUGGAAUGAGCCGUUGCCAAUCUUGCAGUCCUUCUGCUUUCCCAGACACAAGUAAUGUGAGGACAUUCCUUGAUGGAACAGCCAGUGGUAGCAAAGAUCACCUCCGCUAUGUGGCAAGCCUCUUCCAGCAGAUGAGUAGUGCACAAGCAAACUGCUCGGCCGAUGCCAGCAGGACACGAUCUACCUUCACCACCAUUCCUAACCGUGUGUUUGCUGAUGGUUUUCAAAGCAGAGUUUUUGAACAGCAGGAAGUGUUCUCCGUCAGCAACGCACAGCUCCUCAACAAUUUACUUUUGUCUGCUCCGCCAACUGCCAACAAUGCUAGCUCAGCUAAGCAAUCUUACUGCUUUGCUGAAAGUGGUGACCAAUGUACUGAUUGCAACAUCUGGCAAAAUGACCUGUACUUCAAUUCUCAUCUGAGAGCUACACUGGAAGCCAGGCCUGAUGCAACUGCAGUUGGUACCUGCUUCAAAACAGGGCCAACUACCAUGGACUGCCGAGAGGCAACAGCUGUUGCGUCCAAGAACAUAUCUAUCAGCCGCCAGUCAAGUGUGAACACUGGUUCAUGCAGUGAAUCAUGGAAGUGGCAAAAGCCAUUGGACAUCUUCAAUGCUCAACAAGCAAACGGUAGCUUUAGCAAGUCAAGCAUGACAAAUAUAGUCAGUGAUGUUUAUCAACGUAAUCAAACCGUGUAUUAUGUGACCCGAAACACCUCUGCGUGGAGCGAUGUUAUCUCUCAGUGCUAUGAGGACGGUAGGACUGAAUGGGUCCAUAUCCACACCGUUCCUGUCAUAGUGAAUUGCACAACACGUCUUGCAUCUGCUAAGCUUUGCACCACAGCUGAGGUGGGCAAGCUUGUGAUAGUGGGGUCCUCUUGGACAGCCUUCUCUCUACGCACAGCAUACAACUUGACACAGUGUCCAGCUAGCAGCAGUGGGCCUCAAAAUGAUGUGUUCGUUGGAUCAGCGGCAUGCGGCCAGGCUAACGUUGCUGGUGAUUUGACUGAGUUGUUGCAGUGUGUGAACCGUCCCAGUGGAUUCCAGCCAAACAGUUAUGCCUGUAGCUGUCCGGGUGCCAUGCAUCUGGUUGAUUCGCAAGAGUCGAAUACGGUUGUUUUGUCUGGACAACGGGUCUCCUACCUUGGCAGUUACAUAGCGUCGCGCGUCGGAUCUGGUGUGAAGCAGAUCAGUGUCAGCACAUGCCAGGCUUGUCAGCCCGGCUGCCGUAGCUGUAUUGAUGCACAAGUGUGUCUACGCAGCGAUGAUCCAGCGCUCCGUAUUCCUAUCGUCAGCGUCAGUGCCGUGUUCCUGGCUGCUGUUGUUGUCCUUGCGCUGUACAUCUACAAAGUCCGUCUAACAAACGUCAUCCAAUCCGCAUUGCCGCCGUACCUAUUUGGCAUUCUGGUCGGCGGUGUCUUUACCAACCUUGAAGCAUUCAUUACAUUCCACCCGCCCCAUGAUGUACUCUGCGCGCUGCAGCCCUGGCUUCGGCAUGUUGCGUUUGUCCUCACGUUUGGCUUUCUGUUCGGCAAGAUCUGGCGCGUUCACGUCUUGGCCAGGAUAGCGCCAGGCCGCAUCCGAGUUGGUGCUCUUGAUGCCAGCAUCCAGCGGUUUGUUCUGGCCAUUCUUGGGCUGACGGUGCUGUACCUGACUAUCUGGACAGCCACUGGACGGGCCACUGUGGAGAUCAUGUACGAUGGUCAAGAUAGGAGCUACGCCAGGUGCAGUGUGGACUACUGGCGCUACAUCAUUCACGGAGCGGAGUUCCUAUUCUUGCUGAUGGGUUGCGUCGUCGCUCACCUUACCCGCCGGCUCGUCUUGGAUUGGAGCGAGUUCAAGUUUCUUCUUGCCGCCUUUGCCAACGCCGCCGUCGCCAAGGGCCUGAUCGGUGUGUUCUACUUCACCCUGCUGCCGAACAAGUACGCCGACUAUCUGUACCUGCUGCAGUUCUUUGACAACCUGCUCACCGUCGACGCUCUGCUGAUCAUUGUGUUUGCUCCGAAGGUCUACAUGAUUCAACGGCAGAAAGGUGAUCGUGAGAUUGGGCCGACCAUUUCCAUGAAGCUCCCUCCAAAAGAAUCCAAGCCCGAUGCGGGUGAGAGUGAGCAGGUCCACACCGAAGUAGCACUACACGAGCACGUCGAUGUAAGGCCAGAAGCUGGAGCUGGAGCUGUGGAACGAAAUGAGUCUUCCCCGGGCAGAGGAGCGGGAUCGCCAGUGCCCGUAGCUGAUAUUGGAAUCCUGGAUGUCAUGUGUGGCUGUUUCUGCGGCGUGCUGAAAGCGGAAUGGUCUGUGGACGAUGGCGCGACUGCGGGGACCGAGACCGGGAGACCGUUAGACGUCCUGGCGACCCAGUUCACCGUUGCCAAUGCAAGUCCAGCGACAACCGAGGGAAAUACCACCUCAGCGGCCAGUGCCAGCCCCGCCAUGACAGACCAGCACGAUGGAGGAAAGAAGACUGGCGAGGACGAGGAGAAACAAAGCGGCGCCACCGCCACUUAAGACCUGCCAUACAUGGUGAACUACAUGGAUAACGUGGAGCUAGGCACCACCUAAUCACGAUUACCCGGAACGCAACUGGCUGUCACAAACCCAGGCACGCAGUGAUCAUCGGUCAGGGUAGCAAUGGGGUAUGCACACCGCGAUUGAUUUGUCGAAUCACUGCUCAACCGCAUUGCCGGAGCACCGGCAGCAGUGGACAGCAGUUGAAACUUGUCUGAGGCCCCAAGGAAUGGAAGGCUGUGCCAGUGAUGAAACUGAGACUGAAAUACAUAAGUUACGUUGCAAUCCUUACAAUUAUAUGUACAUGUACAUUGUGUAUGGGCCUUGGUCACUCGGUGAAUAUAUUCACCUCCGGAAAAUCCGUACUUUUCUAGUAUCUGUGUAAAUUGGCGCAGCGUUUCCAUUUCCAUUAUUGCUGUUGAAGCCGCUGACCAUCUGCUGACCACCUGCUCGCAAUUUGCCUCCGGAUACUUAUUAUUAUUAUUGUUUCCGAAAUAAUCUGUUGCAUGAGCAUGCAGUACAUGUACAGCAGAGAGUGCAUUGACAAACUUUGGAGGUCUACACGAAUAGUGCUCAUGUGAUCUUGUCACAGGUUUUCAAAUACGCUGCCAAUCAGCGUUGCCCGUGCGCACGCAUUUCUUCGGUUUAAAAAAAUAUAUAAAUAAGGCCAUGGUAAAAAAUAUCUUUGAUUCUCAAGUACGCGCGCAUCGAUUUUUGGUGGCGCACCGACGAUUUUUUUUAUUUCUAUGCAUGCAUAUGCGUGCAUGAAAACGGUCAAUGCGAAAGGCAUGAAUCCGGGAGUAGUAGUAAAAUACCGGUAUUUUUCUACUCCCUGGCCUGAAUAAUAAAAUAAUUAUAAAUUAAUUAUGAACCUGUGACGUACACAUGUGUGACCCUAUCUUUGGAAAUAAAAAAAUUGUGGGAAUUAAAAUAAAAAAUCGCUCGCUCGCACCGAUUUCCACAGGCUCAUGACCUGAGAAUCAACUUUAUUUUUUACCAUGGCCUAACUUAUAAUGAUGUUUGGCUUGGCACUGGCGACUAAACUGGAUCAUGUGACCGAACAGCAAUGUGCCUACUAGUACCUCACUCAAUACUGCUCAAGUGACAAUGCAAUGCUGGGUUUGGUACGCUUGCAUGAUUCGCUGCUUCUGUUUCCACUUGUAACGUUAUGUAGUGCUACUAUAACUA